AAGUAAAUUUGAUCCAGCAAGAACAUUGAUUGCAUCGUACUUGGUUAAUGACACUGUCAAGUACAUUCCGACAAUGCAAAAAUCUGGAUAUUUUUUACAUGGUACAAUGAGAAAAUACAAUGGCACAUUCAUUGCAUUACCUUACAAGAUUAAAUCAUCUGAUGUUGUUGAUGAAGAUGAAGAUGUUAAUAAUAAUAAAGGAACACUUAAAAUGUACAUAAUGAUGUUUCCAAAUGAGAGAAAAUUAAAAAAAUUUGAAAUGAAUAUUGACAAAGUUAAUUUCAAUAAAAUAAACACAAGUUAUUCAUCAAUGGAUCUUGCAUUACCAAAAUUUAAAAUUGAAAGUAAAUUAGAUCUUAGCAGUGUAUUUUCAAAGAUGGGAAUAAAUGAAAUGUUUGGAUAUUCAGUUUACUUGAAAGACAUUGUUAACACAACGUCAGCUAAAAUUGGUGAAGUUAUUCAAAAAGUUGUUAUCGAAGUUGAUGAAGAAGGGACUAAAGUUGCUGCAAUAACUGGUGGAUUUGGUGAAGUUAAAGUUGAAUCACUUCACGUGCAAACAAUUAUCAAACCUUUUGUCAUAACAAUUGUAUCAGAAUAUUAUGGAACAGUUUUAUUCAGUGCACGAAUUUGUGAUCCAACAAUUGAUAUUUUUCAAUAUCAUUUGAAUAAUUUAAAAAAAACUUAAACAUCAUUAUUUAUUAUUUUUUUUUAAUUUUUAAAAAUAUUAGAGUUUAAUUUUAAAACGUGUCAGAAGCAUAUUUGUUUUAUAUACCUAUCUUUGAUAUUUUAACGACGACACAGACGACGACAAUGACAGGUGUCGAUUGAAUUUUUAACCAGUCAAGAAAAAAAAUAUAUAGUGUCAAUACCAGACGUCAAGAAAAUAUAUAGG